AUGAAUAAAGAAGAUUUAGAUCAAAUUUUGGAAACUAUACAAUCACCUUCAUCGAUAAAUAUCAAUUACGACAAUUGUGAUUUCCCUGGAAAUAAUGAUUUAAUUACGAAGGUGGAUUUAAAUAACAAUGCUGAAGAAGUAUCAGAUCACUUAUCUCAAAUUAAUAAAUUCGAGAAUUCUACCUCUUCUAAUGUCACAUCGACUUCUGAUGUUCAACAUCACGUUACAUAUUCGUCUAGAAUUUCAUCACCAUUAAAGCUUAGUUUUAUUCCCGAGACAAUUAAUGAAUCUGAGGAGGAAAGUCAGGUUAACAGUAAUGCUCAGAUUGACAAUUCCGGCAGCAAUUCAUCAGUUCAUGAUGUCGAUGGCGAAGUUUUAAAUCAAUCCACAUUUAGUAAUUUAACAAUUUCAGAGGAACCGGAAGGUGUUUCACAUAAUGAAGAUACGCUCGAACGUAAGGAAAGUCGAAAAGAUAGCCUGUUUGAGCCGAUAAAUCGGCUUAAAGAGUUAAUGAAUUCUCAGCUACCCGGAUCGGAUAACCCGUUAGAACCUCUUGAAUCCAACACUGAAGUUCAUUCUUCUCAAGACGCGUUGCCUGUUGAAAAUUUGGUACCAGCAUCGAUUGACACUGACAAGAAUACCGAUGUAGAACUUAGUAUAAAGUUUAGAAAGGGACGAGUUGCACCUGAAGCAUUGAAUUCAUUUGAUAUCAAACAAAUAAAGAAUCAGGUGCAAAGAACUAAUGCAUACGCUGCGAAAUUAAACUCAUUGAAACGAGAAACCACAGGCUUACAAAAAUGGAUUAGUACAAAUAUCGGGAAAGAACCCCCACUAAUUGUAAAAACCAUAAGUACCAGCAGUCAGCCAUCAUUAUCAACUGUUUCGAGUACAAAUACAGAAAAUUCUGCAGAUAUUUCGUUUACAAACUCAAAUACGAUGAGCUCUGAUAAAACAGCAAGAUCGAGUACUUCUCGAAAUUCUUUAGAUUUAGCAAUUCAGGCUAGUUCAUUAAGAGGUCGUCCCAUAUCACCUCCUUUAUCACCUAGAUCGAAGACGCCUAACUUUCUUAAUAUAACUCGAAACAAUAGUUUUAGUAAAUCUAAUAGACUACCUAUUUUUAUGCCUCCGGCUGUAAUGAAUGAUCCUUCCGCUAAUUCACCAACCUCGCCUACUUCGUCUAAUAAAAUUUCGAAAACUGUAUCAAUUAAACCACGCCAACGUAGAUUUAGCUUUCAAUCUGUUUCUUCUCGUUUCAGUUUGGGAUCAUCAACUCCAACAUUUCCCACGGCUAUCAAAGAAAAUAAUGAUCCUUCUUUAUCCAAUUCUAAUUCAAUCGAAGUGGAUGAGACAGCAUUGAAUAAAUUAUGUGAUAUUAUACCCCAAGCAGAUCGUGAGGUGUUAUCCAAGUAUUUACAUGCUGCGGGAGGAAAGGAUGAUUUAAUGGCCGUUGGACUCUACAUGAAAGAUUUUAAAAAUGAUAAAAUAUCGUGUUGA